AUGAAAACAAUUCUAAUUACUGGUGCUAAUAGAGGCUUGGGUCUGGGAAUGGUUAAGUAUCUAACCAGACAGGGCAGAGCCGAAAAAAUCAUUGCUACAUGCCGAAAACCUUCAGAGGAACUAGAAAAAAUUGCUCAAGAAUCAAACAAACUACAAAUAGUACAUUUAGAUGUCACAGAUUUGGCUAGUUACGGUGACGUGACAACUAAAAUUGCCAACGCAGUAGGCAGCUCCGGUCUCAAUUUACUCAUUAACAACGCUGGAAUCGCAACAAAAUUCACUAAACUCAAUUUGGUGAAAGCUGAGCAGCUGCUAGAAAACCUCACAGUCAACACCGUUGCACCGAUAAUGCUAACCAAGUCGAUGCUGCCGCUGCUGAAGCAAGCCGCGGAGGCGAACAGCAGCUCGCCGGUGGGCGCAGCGCGCGCCGCCGUCAUCAACAUGAGCUCCGUGCUCGGCUCCAUCGCGCAGAACGACCAGGGUGGCUUCUACCCCUACAGGUGUUCUAAGGCCGCAUUGAACGCAGCGACCAAAUCAAUGAGCAUAGACCUGAAGAAGGAGCACAUACUGGUGGCGUCGAUACACCCCGGCUGGGUUCGCACCGACAUGGGCGGCAAGGGCGCGCCGCUCGACGUGGUCACCAGCGUCGAGAGCAUAUUCGAAACCAUAGAGAAGCUGGGCGAGGCAGAUUCGGGCAAGUUCCUGCAGUACGACGGCGCUGAGCUACCGUGGUGA